UCUGAAUGGGCGGUAUGGCUCGGAGGACAUAGUAAGGAAAUGGGGGGAGAAGUACAGUGAGGUGUGUAACGCCAUGGACAUGGUGGGAUUUGAGGAACAGGAGAAGGUAGACAUGAUGACCAUUCUAGCAGGGAUCCUUUCUCUGGGAAACAUCAUGUUUGAGCCCACAGAGACCGACGCUCUCAGGGUCACCGACAAGUCCAUGGGCUGGCUCAAAGCCACAGCUGGUCAGUUUGGGGUGCAGGAGGAGGAGUUGCUGAGGAGUCUGACCUGUACUCUGUCUGUGAUGAGAGGAGAGGCCAUCCGCAGGCUGCACAACCAGCAGCAGGCUGAGGAUGCCAGGGACUCCAUCGCCAAAGUGGCUUACGGGAGAGUAUUCGGCUGGAUCGUCAGUAAAGUUAACGAACUGCUGGCUCCCAACGUUGACUUUGACGUUGAGCUCAGUGAAAUAGGUAUCCUCGACAUCUUCGGGUUUGAGAAUUUUGCUGUUAACCGUUUUGAGCAGCUCUGCAUCAACCUGGCCAAUGAACAGCUGCAGUACUUCUUUAACCAUCACAUCUUUCUGAUGGAGCAGAAUGAAUACAAGGAGGAGGGCAUCGAGUGGGAAUCCAUUUCCUUCAAAGACAACAAGCCUAUCCUGGACCUGUUCCUCACUAAACCCAUUGGAAUCCUUUCUCUCCUGGAUGAGCAGAGUGCCUUUCCCCAGGCGUCAGACAGAGACUUUGUGGACAAGUUGAACAGUAAAUUUAAAAGCAGCCCCCACUAUGAAGUGGUCCGGAGUCACAGCCCCCUCUUCACUGUGGUUCACUAUGCUGGGAAGGUCCAGUAUAAUGGACUAGGCUUUCUAGAGAAGAACAGAGACACCAUCCCAGCCAGCAUCAGAAGCCUCUUCAUUAACAGUGUCACGCCCCUACUCAGUCUCCUCUUCGCAGCCACAAUCUCCAGAACAGGCACCUUGAUGCCACGCAAAGCCAAGCUCAUGCAAAAGGCAGAUGACAACUUUAACUCAACUAGGAAACAGUCGGUCGGGGCCCAGUUUAAGCACUCUCUUGCUGUGCUGAUGGAGAAGAUGUUUGUUGCCAGUCCUCACUUUGUCCGCUGCAUCAAACCUAACGGCAGCAAGCUUCCUGAUCAGGUGGACAACAAAAUAGUCAUGGACCAGCUAAGGUACAACGGCCUGCUAGAAACCAUCAGGAUACGAAGAGAUGGCUUCUCCUGGCGACCAUCGUUCAAAGAAUUUGCUCAGAGGUUCAACAUUCUGCUGAUCAAGCCAGAUUUACCACUAACCAAGGAAAGCUGCAUGUCCAUCCUCAACACUACUGAGAUACAUGGCUGGAAGUGUGGCUCGUCUCGUAUGUUCUUUAAGUAUUGGCACCAGGAGGAGUUGGCCAGGCUGUUAGAGAGACUUGGCAAGGCAGCACUUGUCAUCCAGAAAGACUACCGUUCACUGCGCUGCAGGAGGAAGUACCUGUCCUUGCUGGUGGAAGUGCACAGACAGAGGCAGGCCCAGAGAGAGAGGGCAGAGAGAGAAGCCAGGGAGGAGGAGGAGGAGAAGAGGAGGGAGCGGGAGCUGGAGGAGGAGAUGAGGAGGCGACUGGACAUGGAGCAGGAGAACAAGAGGCCAUUCUCUCCACCUGUGCCCCUACCCAGGAAAAAGAAGCCACAGCCCCAGCCUCGCUCUACCCUGCCCACUGCCACCCACCUGGCUCCUGUCCCACGGCCCCGCAGCAAACAGUUUGAGGCCACUCCCUUUGACAACCUGGAGGUGCAUAUUGAACUGGCUGAGCUGGUGGGCCAGGUAGGGGGAGAGGAGCGAGCUAGGGAGAGGAGCAAGAAGAGGAAGAACACCAUCCGCUGGUUCAAGGAGACGCAGGCCCGCAAGGUGGUCCACAAUGGAGCCUUCCCCUGCUGGUUCCAUGGCAUGAUUACACGCAGACAAGCAGAGGAUUUGAUGACGGACAAGCCUGUGGGCUGUUUUCUGAUUCGUGUGGGACAGAGCCGGGAGGGCUACACACUAACAUAUAAGGGGGCGAACCGGUGCAGGCACUUUAUGAUUGAGAUGCAGUCCAACGGGAAGUAUGUGAUCCUGGGGGAGGAUAAAGCCCACCCCUCCCUGCCUGAUCUGGUGCAACACCACAGCCAGGUGGGCAUCAAGCCCUUCAACGAGCUGCUCAGCACGCCCUGUGGACAGACAUGUGACCAGAACACAGACUACGAGGACUUGAAGGGCCUGGACCUCCUGGCUACAGCCAACCACGGGAGCCCCAAGUCUGGGGAGGAGGGUGAGUCAACCCCCGACUCUGUCCACCUGGAGCUCCAGCGGCUCUUCCUGCCCCCGGGGCAGGGCCCCAGCCUGGAGUCCCAGAGACCACCUGUCCUCAGGCGGAUAUCUGACCGAAGACACCGGGCCGUGGCUGGAGGAGGGGAGGCCCGUGGAGGGAGUAGAGGGGAGAGAGGAGAGGGGGAAGAAGAGGAGGACGAGACUGACCACAAGAGCAGGUCGUUCCCCCGGUUGUAUCCUUCCAUCCGAUUGGCUAUGAGGGAGAUCCAACAGCAUUUUCCAGAUGGCCAGGAUCAGAGCCCUCUAUCUCUCACAGUACCACCAACCCCUCCUGGAGGAGGACCGAUUCAUAACCCAUGGGAUGGAGGGAGUUAAUGCUAUUUGUUGUUUUUCCCCAACUGAAUGAGUUAACUGGACCAUAUUCUGUCUAAGCUUUAUCCAUGAACAAAUUAUAAGGAGAUACAUCCUUGUUUACUAGUAUUUUAUUUUGUAACGAUUUAAAUUGAUGUGUGUUAAGGGGUUUUAUGUUUCUGAUUGUAUUGUUUGUUUAUUUAAAUGUAAAUUAUGCAGUGGGAAUGUUUACAUUCUGUGAUUUACUGAAUAUUUUUAUUUGUUUACAUUUUAGAUAUCUGGUUGUCCUCAAGUUUGUUUUUUCCCCCCAUCAUAAUAAAAUCUGCAUGAAAAUGCUUCGGUGUUAACACA